CCGGACCGGCAGGCGGCGGUGCGGACGGAGGCGGAGAACCGGACCGGCAGGCGGCGCUGUGAGUCUGCCCGGCAGUGCCGGAGACAUGGAGAGAGUGCUGGGGUGAAGCGUUGCGAACGGCGAGCGAUGGCGGCGUCAUGAGACUGAGGUGGAGGCGGGCGGCGGUCUGCGCGGUUGUCAUUUACUGCCUGUUCUCCAUUUACGCCGCUUACGUCGUCUUCUUACGGCGACCCAGAGAAUCGGGGACACAACGGGCCGCCGCUGGCCGGGAACGCAGGAGGGGCGGUUCACUCAAGUGGCAGAAUGAGCAAGAAGAAAGGGAGUUGCAGCACUCACAACAAGCUGAUGAGUGGAACCCGUGGGAAGAGGAUGAGAAAAUGGAGAACGCUGUACAGAAUGGAGCUCAACUGCAGCGAUUUCAGAAACAAAUUCUACAGAACUCGCCCAGGAAGAAGCUGGUGCAGAUCUGGGGCAAAGCUGCAAUCGGGCUUUACCUUUGGCAGCAUAUUCUUGGUGGCCCACUUAUUCCAAGUGAGGUGACAGCUCACUGGAGAGAGGGGGAACUAAAAGCUGGUGAUAUAUAUUUUAGAUUCUACACUGGACCUGCUGUGGUGCCUGGGCGCAUCUCACUGGAUACGGAGAAUCUUGUGCUUGUGUUGAAUGGUAGAGAAGAGGGGAAGAUCAAGUUUGCCACCCAGUGGUUGCACUAUGUACAAACACUCCACCAGAUGCACAAACUGAAGCACUCAGCUGUAGUCCUGCUUGGCAAUGAGCAGUGUGAUAAUGACUGGAUUGAGCCCUAUCUCAGAAAACACGGAGGGUUUGUCGACUUAAUUUUUCUGGUGUAUGACAGCCCUUGGGUGAAUGAAGUGGAUGUUUACCAGUGGCCAUUAGGAGUGGCAACCUACAGGAACUUCCCCAUUGUGGAUCUCAACAAUCUUAUGUUACAUUCUUCAAGGCCGUACUUGUGUAACUUCCUUGGAACUGUCUACAAAGCCUCUUCCAGGGAAACCUUGUUGGAUGUACUGAAACAGGAGAGACUUGGUGCCAUGUGUCUCAUCUCGGUUAGAGAACAGUGGCAACCACAAGAAACAAGUGACAGUUUAAAAAAGUAUCAAGAUGCCUUGCUACAGAGUGACCUUACAUUGUGCCCGGUGGGAAUCAACACUGAAUGCUACAGAAUUUAUGAGGCCUGUGCUUGUGGCUCUGUUCCAGUUGUUGAAGAUGUUAUGACACCAGGGCAAUGUGGCAACUCGUCAGCACUUCAGAAUGCCCCGCUCCGCCUCCUCAAGUCAAUGGGUGCACCUUUUAUUUUUGUGAAAGACUGGAGAGAGCUACCAGCUAUUUUAGAGAAAGAGAAGGCAAUGACUCUUCAGGAAAAGAAUCAGAGACGGAGAACUAUCAUCGAGUGGUUUAAGCAAUUCAGGACUCAGUUAAGAAAAAAAUUCAUUGAUAUCCUUGAAAACAGGUUCUUUUGACAGUUCACUUCUCCAACACAAGGUAGUUCAAAGCAUGUUCACUGUUGUAAGCUUCAUGUGCAAUCAUUAUUGAGAAUGCUAAUAUGUUUUUGAAGUAUAUUUAUUAAAAAAAAUGUGCCUGAAAUUAAGAGAAUUGCUAUUCUUUGUGAGCAGUGUUUCACUGCUCUUAUUUGAAUGCUGGUUCCAGUGCUCCUAAUUUUUUUUUACAGCUGCAUGGACCAACCAGUGCUCUAAGCAGAAAAUGUUUACAUGGUCUGAAAAAUGCAUGAUACUUUAAAUGUUCUUUUGUAAUAUGCACAUCAAGCAAUUGGUGCCACAUUAACGUAGCAGUUAGUGCAAUGCUAUUACAGCUCAGCAUAUCAGUGUUUGCAGUUCAGUUCCAGAGCCGUCCUCACCGUGAAAUGUGUGGGUUUUUCUGAGGUGCUUCGGUUUCCUCUCACAGUCCAAAGAUAUACCAGGUAGUUUGAUUGGUCAUUGUAAUUUGUCUUGUAAUUAAGUUAGGGUUAAUCAGGUUUGUCAGGGAUUGCUGGGGCAGCGUAACUCAAAAGACCAGAAAGGCCUACUCUGCGCUGUAUUACUAAAAUAAAACAAACACAAACCAUAACUCACAGCACAAGUAAUUGAUGUCACGCAGUCAAAACAACCAACAGGAACAAUGGUAAAAGUAAAAUGGUUUGACUAGAUGGCAUCAGAGGUUUAUUAGCAAUGCGCUACUGAUGUCCAUUCUGUGUUUAUUGUUACAAUUUGUAACAGUGUUGCAACUUGAAACAACAAUGUAAAUACAUUGAAGCUCUGUUUCAAAGUAAAGGCUGUGGUACGUUUAGUAUUCAGAAAAUUUAUGGAUUAUAUUCAUUAACACAAUUACAGGGUAUUUCACAGUUGUAUUAACGUAGAUUUCAAAAUUAUAUUAACAUACAUAAAAGAAAAUUCCAGCUGUGCCUCACAACAAAGGCAAAGUACAUGGGAGCAUUUCAGUUAUUGUGCGGCUGCAAACUCGCACAGCUUAGACGGAACAGUGCCUGUUUUGAGAACCUGUAUCCAAAGGUUGAUGCAAAAAGCUCACCCCUACUGCCUUUCUCCAUUAAGGAAUUGAUCAUUUGGUUACUUCCAGCUUCAAGUUUAUUAGGGUUUUAAUAUGGUGAGAUAAGUGUGGAUUGUAAAUUGGUCCACACAAUAAAAGCAUAACAGAGAGCUUAAACUAACUGCAGUUACCUUUUACUUCCUUGAUCUUACACACCAUCAUUUAGCAAUGAAAAUUCUCUUCGCUGAUUCGUACCCCUAAAGGAGAAGUAACCACAUGAACAUAUUUGAAUUAAGGUUGCUGGCUUGAAAUACCAACUGGAAUAAUUUUUGGUGCCCUGCUUCAUUACUGAGAUGAAGCUAAUAGCAUCUAUUCCCAUGAACUGUUAGUACAUUACAGUCUCUUAUUUUACUCUGAACCUGCUUCUCAAGUGGUUACCAAUAUCCCUGGUGAGUGGUUGGAGAAACAACAGCAGUAGUGGUAGAAUGGGGGACUUCAUCUCACCUUAAACCUGUGUCCUCUGGUCAGUGCAAAUAAAAAGGAGAGGGGAAACAUUUAAAAAGAAGCCUGACUUCCCAUUUCCUUUUCAAAAUUGAUGAAGAGUCUCAGCCUAAGACGUUGACUGUUUAUUCAUUUCCAUAGAUGCUGUCUGACUUGCUGAGUUCCUCCAGCAUUUUGUGUGUGUUGCUCAAGAUUUCUAACAUCUGUAGAAUCUUUUGUUUAAGAAGGGGAGGGUGAUUGGUAUAUGCAACAAGCUGUAAAAGUGGAUACAGCUACUUUUAAACAAAAACACAUAGGAAAGGUAGAGGCAAAUGCGUUUAAGAGAUUUAACAGAUUCAAGAAUGUUUACUGUGAUUUUUCAGUAUACAAGUGUAAAGGAGAACAAAAUGAUUGUUACUUCA